AUGGAAUCAUCGGUCCCCUUGUACUCAUCAUCCUAUCUUUUGCUCCUACUUCUCCCAUCCCUCUCCCUCCUCCUUCCUCCUCCACAAGCAACAGCUUCUCCACUAUCCGAGGCCACAGCUCUCCUCCACUGGAAAUCCACUCUCCAAGACCCCUCACGAGCUCUCCGCUCAUGGGCCGCCCUCCACAACUCCACCACCACCUCCCCAUGCUCAUGGCUCGGCAUCACAUGCACCAGCUCCCGCAUCACCAAGCUCAGCCUCCCGCGAGCCGGCCUUGUCGGCACCCUCGACGCCUCGAUUUCUCCGCCCUUCCCUCCCUCGCCGUGCUCAACCCUCCGUCGCAACUUCCUCGCCGGCGCCAUCCCUGCGGCCGUCGCCAACCUCUCGGGCCUCGUCUCGCUCGACCUCUCCCACAACCGCCUCUCUGGCGGCCUCCCCGCCUCGCUCGCCACCCUCUCCCUCCUCGUAAAACUCGACCUCUCUGCUAACGAGCUCACCGGAAAAAUCAUUCCAGCCCUCUUCGCCGAUCUCAGGAGUUUGGUCCAACUAGAUUUGAAUUCCAACAACCUCACCGGCUCCAUUCCUCGAUCCCUAGGCAACCUAACAAGGCUGGCCAUACUGCGUCUCUCUUAUAACCAAAUCUCCGGCAACCUUCCUCAUGAACUAGGCAACUUGUCCAACCUUGGCGUCUUGUCCCUGUUCACAAACCAGCUCUCCGGACCCAUCCCUCAUGAGAUAGGGGGCCUCCAAAGCCUCGAGCUGCUUGGCCUGAGCCAAAACAGACUCCACCGGUCCCAUUCCGCCGUCCAUCGGCAAUCUGAGCCAGCUGUUUAUUUUGUAUGUAACCAAAACCAGAUCUCCGGUGGGCUUCCACCAGAGCUGGGAAAGCUUGCGAAUUUAGAAAAUGUGCAUUUCGCAUAUAAUCUUCUGACAGGUUCCAUUCCUUCCAGCUUAGGAAACUUGACCCAGCUAAACCACUUGUACCUCCUAUUCAAUCAAUUAACUGGUCCCAUCCCCCGUGAAUUAGGGAAGCUGGAGAACCUGGAGGUCCUGAUGCUCUACAACAACUCUCUGACGGGCUCCAUUCCUUCCAGUUUCCAAAAGUUGACCCAGCUACAAGUUCUGUACGUCGGCAUGAACCAGAUAUCUGGGUCCAUCCCUUCUUAUCUCGGAAACCUGACCACGCUUCAAUCCUUGUCUUUUUACGGCAAUCAGAUCUCAGGAACCAUCCCACAUGAACUGGGAAAUCUAGUGAACUUGACUGAUCUGAUAGUUUCCAGCAACCAGAUCUCGGGUUCGAUCCCGACAUCUUUAUGCAACUUGACUCGCCUAUCAGACCUCGAGGUCUUCGAAAAUCAAUUAUCCGGUCCUUUGCCGCGAGAAAUGGCUAAUCUCACGAGCAUGGUGAACCUUCAAUUAGGUUACAACAAUUUUUCUGGCUUCCUACCUUCAGAUUUAUUCAAAGGAGGACAGCUUCAGUGGCUUUCCAUGAUCAAUACCCAUUUCGAGGGCCCAGUUCCACAAAGCUUGCGAAACUAUCUGGACCUCAUAGAUCUAAGUUACAAUAGACUCUACGGCGAGCUCUCGGCAAACUGGGGAGCAUGCCGUAAUCUGACCACCUUACACAUGUCGGGGAACAUGAUCGGCGGGAAGAUACCACCUGAACUUGGUAGAUUGCCUCACCUUGCAUCGCUUGACGUCUCUUCCAAUCAGCUAUUCGGAGAGAUUCCAAGGGAAUUGCUUCGUUUGGCUUUGCUCGAGCUGAAUUUAAGCAACAACCAGCUCUCAGGAGUGAUACCUUUGGAAAUUGGUAAUCUGUACAGUAUGACCGCUCUUGAUCUUUCAAUGAACAGCUUCACCGGCGCGAUACCGAAACAGUUGGGAGGCUGCACCCGGCUGCGCAUCUUGAAGUUGAGCAUGAAUGGCUUGAAUGGAAGCCUGCACUCGAGGUCGGGAAUCUUGUAA